AACUCAAACUCCGACCUUAGAAAACUGGCAGAAACUCGAUCGAAUCUUGGAUGUGACCUUGACCAAUGAGGUGAGUCGAAAGGCAUUGAUUCAACAAGGAUCCUCGCUAAUGAGAGCGGCCGCCACUGUAUUUACUGAAGCACCGUCAGCUAAAAGCCAUGAGAGAUGUGUCGAUAGGUUCUGAGGCUGUUCGUUUCCACCACGCGCCGGUGUUUGGACUUAUUUGGGGAAUGGACAGCGGAACGAGCCAAAGAGCGUACAUGUUUGUGACGAUGAGAGGUGUGAUUUUUCCGGCGACGAGGUUGAAUUUGGUAGGACCUCCGGCUGCAGCUGUGUUGCAGCAUCAGAUUGCACCAGUUACCGAAGCCAUAACGGAAAAAUGGAUGGAGCGUCCACGUCGUCUGGUGGAGGAAGCUUGCCAAACUUCUCCUUUGCUUGAUACUCUGCAAGGCUGCCAUGGCUACUUGUUCUCUAGGUUGUUCUUCCGGAAAAAUGGAUGGACCGUCCUUUGUUAUUUCUUUUGGAAUAUUGGGCAAAUGACUUAACCAGUCUAAUGAUUUUUUAUUUUUUAUUUUUGAAUUGGAUCAAUAAUUGGAAUGGAGAAAGAAAGAGAAAGGAAAGGUCUGGUUUCGGUUGUUUAUUGAAACCCAAUACAGGCGUGUUUGGGUGAAUUCACACUCUUGCAACAAAAGAUUGUGUCCCUUUUUCUCUCUUCAUUUAAUGUUCCAGGAAUCAGCAAAUUUGUACUGGGAUUUCACACUCCUGGAUUUUCAUUUCAGAUCAAGGAAAAAGAAGUGAAUUUAGUGAGGAAAAGCUUCUUGGCUUCAGUUAAUUAGCCAUCAAAAGGGUUGUUUUUUUGACUCUUUAGGAUGGAAAGCACGUGGAAGACUUUAGGUGGGUUCCAUUGCAGGAAGAUCAAUAAUCCUUCAUUUUGAAU